AUGUGCCCCAUCUACUCGUCGUUCUUCGGCGUCAUGGGUGCCUCCGCCGCCAUGGUCUUCAGCGCUCUUGGUGCUGCUUACGGUACCGCCAAGUCGGGCACCGGUAUCGCUGCCAUGUCCGUCAUGCGCCCCGAGCUUAUCAUGAAGAGCAUCAUUCCCGUCGUCAUGGCUGGUAUCAUUGCCAUUUACGGUCUCGUCGUGUCCGUCCUCAUUGCCAACAACAUUGGCACUGACUACCCUCUGUUCAACGGCUUCAUCCACCUUGGUGCCGGUCUCGCCGUCGGUAUCUCCGGUCUUGCCGCUGGUUUCGCCAUUGGUAUUGUUGGUGACUCUGGUGUCCGUGGUACCGCUCAGCAACCCAAGCUCUUCGUCGGCAUGAUUCUGAUUCUCAUUUUCGCUGAGGUCCUUGGUCUCUACGGUCUCAUUGUUGCUCUCAUCCUUAACACCAAGGCCAGCAAGGGUGACUGCCAUGCCUCUUGCUACAACCCCUGCUGCCCCACUGGCCAGUGCUACGACACCGACAAAAACCAGUGCGCUUAA